UCUCUCUCUCUCUUUGCAAAUAAAACUGGGAGGGUUGCAACAAAAUUAUGCUUCUUUUCCUAGUUGUAAUUAAAGAAAGCUUUUCUUCAGGUAACUAAACUAUAACUCUUAGCCAAAACAACACACUUCACUCAUCUUCCCUCCCUCACUCAUAACUAUAUGCUAAUUUUUAGAGGUCAACUCUCAACUUGACCAACCUUUGAAAUUGAAUUCAUGGCUUGGCUUUUUUGUUUAGGGUUUAUAUUAACUGGAGCUACCUAGCCUCAUGCUCAAUUAUACCCUCUCACUACUCUUGUAAUUUGCUUGCAAUCUUCAAUCUGGUGAGAUCCGUCCAUUCCUAUGAGCAGAAAUCAAAGCAAAGUGAAUUUGAUGGAAGAAGUGAAAGGGUACUCUUCUGAUAGAGGUGAAGAAGAAGAGGAAGAUGAAGGUGCAGAAGAGAUGAUCACAAUUACAGGAGAAGAAAGCAACAACAGCAGCAGGUUACAGACACAGACACAUUUACAGACAGCAGCGCAACAAGAGGAAGAAGAAGAUGAAGAAACGGUGGUUGGGAAUUUGAAUGAGAAGAAUGAGGAGAGAAAGAAAGAAGAAGAUUUGAUGGAGUUGAGACUUGGAGGGAGUGGAAGCAAGAGCAAGAGCAUGAGCAAGGAAGAAGGAAUAGAGUGUUCGAAUUCAAAGAACGAGGAAGAGGUAGAAGAAGAAGUCGAAAAAGAGCACAUGUUUGACAAAGUAGUGACACCGAGUGACGUAGGGAAGCUGAAUCGACUGGUGAUACCGAAGCAACACGCAGAGAAGUACUUCCCUUUGGAUUCUUCUACAAACGAGAAAGGGCUUCUUCUCAACUUUGAAGAUCGGAAUGGAAAAAUGUGGCGAUUCAGGUACUCGUAUUGGAACAGUAGCCAGAGCUAUGUGAUGACAAAAGGAUGGAGCCGUUUUGUUAAAGAGAAGAAGCUUGAUGCAGGUGAUAUUGUUUCGUUUCACCGUGGCCGUGCUGAAUCGCACAGACAUAGAUUGUACAUAGAUUAUAGGCCAAGGUCACAUACUCACUCUCCUUACUCUCAGCAUCAUCAUCACCACCACCACCUCAUGCCGCAGUAUCCUCCUAACAUCGCCACAUUGCCUUUUUAUCUUCCCAAUCAUCACUUCUCAUCAUGCGGCGGUGUUGGUGUGGGUGCUAGAUCAUUGUACAACUCCUCUCAAUAUUCACCUCAUCUUCCAAAUUACUCACCGGCGGCAGCUGCUUCUUCUCCAAUACUGCCUCCUCAAUAUUUCAACAACAAUUUCUAUACUACACUCCAUCAACACCACCAACAACAACAGUACCAUUCUUCUGCUGCUGAUCACCUUGUUAAUAAUAAUAUGAAUCCUCUCUUUUACCUCACUUCCUCGCCUAUGACGCCGCCGACAUCAACAAUGGGUGGUGGUGGAGGUGGAGGUGGGGAUAUUCAACACUUGCCGGGGCCGGGGUCUUGGCAAGGUCAAUACCAAGAUCAGAGAAAUGUAAAUGUGAAUCUCCCCAUGAACAUGAUAAUUGAUUCUGUGCCAGUUACACAGCACCACCGCAGCGGGAAUCCCACCAGUAAUAAUAAUAGCAGCGGAAAACGGCUGAGGCUAUUUGGGGUCAACAUGGAAUGUGACUCUUCUUCAUCAUCCUCAUCAGCACCACCAAAUGUGACUAUGGCUAAUCAAUCACAUUCACCCUCUUCAACAACAACGACGACAACAACAUCGGGUGGAGAUCAUCACCGAGGGAGACUUUCGCAGCUCUUUGAUUUGGAACCCUUCAAUUAUCGCCGCCACUGAUCCAUCCAGGAAGAUAAUAUCAUAUCAUAUCACUUUGUUUUAAAGUCAGUUAGAGUUAGUUUCUCUUGGGCAAACUAGCUAACUUGCUACACUCUCCUUUUCUGCAAUUUUAUUUUAUUUAUUUACUUUUUUUUCCUCUCUUUUCAGCCCCAAGACUUUCUCUUAAUUAAAUGUUAUAAGUAAUUAUCUUUUGAUAAGUAGUUAUUUAGUGUUUGAACUUGUUCAUAUCAUAAACUACUUUGUCAAAGUGUUAAUAAGCAAGGAGAAAUCAAAGUGAUGAGAAUGUUGAAGAAAUAAAAAAACAGUUAGGUUGAUGCCAAAUGAUGAUGCAUUUCAAUUAUGUAUUAUUGUAUAUAAAUAAAUAAAUAAAUAAAUAGUACUAUACUACCUCUUCUACUAUAA